CUGAAACGUCAAGUUUGAAAUGAACAUACAUCAUUUUUUUAAUCGUAAAGUCUUUCGCGAGAUUGCUCUUUUUGUCCGAACAAUUUACUGCGAAAGUGAUACCGAAGUAAAAGACUGCGCCGCACUCAAUGUUUGGAAAGUUUCCCAGUGACGGAAUGUAUUUUUCAGCGCAAUUUUGACGAUUUAAUGCCAAAAUAGGCCAAACAAAGACGGCCACAGCAGUAUCACACAUCAACAAAGAUAUUCUAUACUGUGCUCUUUUCGGUCGGAACGGUGCUGUCGUAGAGGAAGGGUCACAACAUUGGAGUCACUGAGAUUUUUCAGCGAAAUUCUAUGAACACGGACGAACCAAACAAUACUGACGGCGAUUCCAGCAAAAUCAAUGAAGAAUCGUCGUCAUCCAGCAACGGAAAACGCACCACAGAACCGGUCUGCAAAGUAACGUCCGAUCAGUGCAGCAUUAUCGACGCGGACAAACCGAGAAGAUCGACUGUUCCAGUGCCAGCCAGCGUUGUAGAGACCCGUUCUAAAAGUACACCCACUGGAGCGAAGCAGCAACAGAGCUCGGAAGGCGACGAUAUGAAACGUGCCUCCGCUAGAAAGCUAAUCGAGCGAUAUUUCUAUCAACUUGUGGAUGGGUGCGGUAAUACGAAAUGUAACAAUAAACACUGCGCGUCAAGUGGCAAAGUGGAGAAACUGACUCCAAAUGCGGCCGCUGCCCGCGCAAUUCAGCUGUUCACACAGGAAGCAGAACUAUGCGACGCGCACCCAUCGAAGGUACCGAAAACUAUGGCAAAUGCUUCCUCGACGACUUCCGUAGCUGGCGACGAGGAGAGCAGUAGUGGGAUAGUGGCCGCCAGUAGUUCAGCCGCAAGCGCGAGCCUAGGAAUAACCGACUCGAAUGCUAGCAUCAACUGGCGCCGGCGUCUACCUGGUGGAAAUAUUGACAUGAUAGAUCUCAAUGAUAGCCCUAACGCCGAAAUGGACUCGGUGAAAGAAGAUGAACAGAAUGAAACAAGCACACGUAAAAAUCGAAAUCACCACUACGAGGGAGGAGGUAGCGAAGAAGAUAGCACCCGUUGCGUUCGCGUUAACACUAGUCAGGGAAGUAGUUCGCCGUCAUCAUUUGCCGGGGGCAGUAGUAAAACAAAGCUCACCCAGAAAGAUUCAGCCGGAUGUGGAAAGAAGAAAGGUGCCACAUCUGGCAGUCAUAGCUCUAAGGAGUCGUCAAGCAAAGAACAACGUGAUUCAAAGCCAAUAGAAUACCUAGAUGAAGCAAAGCUUCGAGAACUGAUAGCCACCUGCGAGCGAGAGAGUUCGGACACGCCACUGAUCCGUACACUAGGUGCCAUCUUUUCAUCUCAACAAUCAAUAGCGGCUAGCUUCCAAAAGAAAGCAAGCUCCAGCAUCGAUGCGAUGCUGGAAAAGGCGCCAGAAGAUUUGAAAAAUCUAAAAAAAGAAGACUUGCGCAUCCUCGAAGGUGAUCUCGACAAAGACGAGGACAGUUGUGCGGAAAAAAUGCCGGAAACAAAAGACAAACAUCACACCUCGGUAGAUCUAACCAGUUUACGGCGCUCCAUUAAAGCGCUAUACGAGACCAAAAGCGCCGUAUUCGGUUCCAUCAACAAUGCCUUACAAUCGCUCGGAGAAUCGCUUGGAAUCGAGCUGCGCGUGCAGGUGAAUAAGAAGGAGGACAUCGAUGAGGUGAUCACCGUUUUCGUGAUCGUCUUCGAGGUGUUGCAAAUCGCUUCGGCCGAGUUCCUGGAGGGCUCGCUUCCAAGCAUUUGCGCCGCCGUGUGCUAUCUACCGCUGUGGGCCCAGGCCCGGUUGGCGCAUAUCUGGUCGGUGCACUGCAGAGACCAUAUUCUGCCUCUGCUGCAACUGCUGCAGCAGCUUAUCACUGUUUCGACACUCUCGCUGAACUACUUUCGGGACGUUAAGAUUCAUGACAAUGAGAUUGUGUGCAACGCUACAAAGGUUAUGAAGAUCGUAUUUUAUGCUAACAUCCUGGCAGGAGAAAUGGAGCCUAAGCAUUUCCGGGAGGCCGAUUUAGGUGAUAUUGCACCCCCAACCUAUCUUUCGCUCAUUCCCGAAGAUGACGAACCAACGCCUUACAGCAGCAGUAAGGAGAAGAAUGCCAAACAGCAAAAAAUAGAAGAUCCGCUGGCAGUGGAGUUGGAUGUCAACAUACUGGACUGCCGAAGGCCCCACAUAGCGUACAGUGAGUUCUACAACGAGCCGUUGUGCGAUGUGAUCGAGAUGGACCACGACUAUCUAAACUACAAGAAUACUACCUCGGACGGAGCAUUUUUUAACGAAUUGAAAAAGUUCAGCUUUAUGCUCUACUCCUUUAUUUUGACCCCGGCCACGAAAACGCUCGCCCUCUACUACGACUCGCGGAUUCGAAUGUACUCCGAGCGUAGAUUGAGCUUUCUCCACCAGCAGCUUGGUGGUGGACUGCAGAGCGUAAAUCCUUAUCUGAAGCUAAAAAUUCGUCGCGACCACAUCAUUGACGAUGCAUUAGUGGAGUUGGAAAUGAUAGCCAUGUCGAAUCCGAAAGACCUGAAGAAGCAGCUUGUGGUGGAGUUUUCCGGGGAACAAGGCAUUGACGAGGGCGGGGUGUCCAAGGAGUUCUUCCAGCUGAUUAUUGAGGAGAUCUUCAAUCCCGAUUACGGAAUGUUCAUCAACAAUGAAGACACAAACACGGUGUGGUUCAACUCGACCUCGUUCGAGAAUGAAGCACAGUUUACACUGAUUGGAAUCGUGCUUGGAUUGGCGAUUUACAACAAUAUUAUUCUGGCAGUGAAUUUCCCAAUGGUUGUUUAUAGGAAGUUGAUGGGAAUGAAGGGUUCGUUUGGGGAUUUGAAAGACUGGAAUCCGGUAUUAUUCAACAGCUUAAAAUCUAUGUUAGACUAUCAAGAAAACGACAUGGAGGAAGUGUUCAUGCAAACGUUCAAAAUCUGCUACAAGGAUGUAUUCGGCACUACGCUGGACCAUGAGCUAAAGCCAGACGGGGAUAAAAUAUUUGUCAAUCAGGAUAACAAACAAGAGUUCGUCGAUUCGUAUACCGACUUUCUGCUCAAUCAAAGCAUCGAAAAACAGUUCAAAGCGUUCAAGCGCGGUUUCCAGAUGGUGACAGACGAGAGCCCGCUGCAUCUGCUCUUCCGUCCAGAGGAAAUCGAACUUAUCGUCUGUGGGAGCAAGGAAUUUGAUUUCAACGAGCUGGAGCAGUCUACCGAAUACGAGGGGGGCUUCACGGCCGAGUCGCAGGUCAUCAAAGACUUCUGGGAAAUUGUUCAUGGAUUAUCGAUGGACUCGAAACGAAAGUUGCUCCAAUUCACCACAGGAUCCGAUCGAGUACCCGUUGGUGGCCUCAGUCGGUUGAAGCUGGUGAUUGCACGUAAUGGACCGGACUGCGAACGAUUACCGACAAGCCAUACAUGUUUUAAUGUAUUGCUGUUGCCCGAAUAUAGCACCAAGGAGAAACUAGAAGAACGAUUACUGAAGGCCAUCAACUAUUCCAAAGGUUUUGGAAUGCUCUAAUUCAGAGGACCAUGGAUUACACAGAUCCAUCACAGACAGUGGAGGACUACACGUGAGAAUUUACAAAUACGCUAAAUUGGAAGUUUGAAUCAUCUAUCAUGAGAAUUGUUUGUGUGAACGCCUGAUAGGAAAUUUAAAAUAUUCUGGAACGUAACUCUUUCCUAUGGAUCAUCAUUUACUAUAUGCUGUUUACGCUGGUUUUAUACGUUGUACAUUUUAAUUUUAAAUCUAGCAUCCUACGGGGUUACGUUUUACACAUGACAAUAGAAAUUCGCCCUGAACGUAAUGCAAUUAUUUGGGAAUUUUCGUUUUUACACAUUUACAUAAUAGCAGUCCUGUCCGUCUCUCAACCCACUGUGAAACGAAAUAAAUAUUUUGAGGAUUUACCCGAGCCACGAAA